UGAAAAGAUAGAGAAGAAAACAACUCUUGAUGUAGAGAGAAGAGAGGAAGCUCAACAGGAGGGGCUUCAGAGUUGGCAGUGUGAACCUAAAUGUAACUAGAUGUCACUCAGCGAAAUCACACCUUUGGAGCUCGCUGUAGUUGAGGGCCAGUGUCGUCUGCAGGUGGUUUGAAUUCAGAUCUGCUUUUCAUUCUGUGAAGUGGCCAACCAGAGAGUGCAAAUGCAUGUUAUGUGUCAUUUUUAGAUGAGCACUUGAUGCCUGGAAACAUAUUAGAGGUGGAAAAGCUAUGUAGACGUGACAGAUGUCUCAACAUCCACACAGGAAACUGGAGAGAGGGAGGGAGAACGCACAAGUGGGAAAACUGCAAUUUAAACAGCCUUUGAAUAAAAAGAAGAGUGAAGAGAGUGCUGUUGCCAGUCCCUGGGUGAAACAAAUUCUAAAUCAACAUAUUCGUAAAAAGCUACAAAGGAAAUCUGGAAGUCAGGAUCCACACCAGCUGUGUGCAUCCGAUAUACCAGAUUCUUAUUCUGAGGAGGAAAAUCCAUUAAGAAGAACAGGUGACACACGUACACAUUCACAGAAACAUGUGAACUUGAAAUGAGUAAAAAUCGAAGAGCUUUUUUAUCUCCCUAAAAUUAUUUAAUGAAUGGUAGUCUUCACAUGUUUAUACUAUAAGCAUAAAUUUGUGUAUGUGCAUGUUUGUGACAAGCCUCAGAGCCAAUUCUGAAGCUGCGACCAAAGAGAAGUGUAAACUCAAGACAGAACCCACUGCUGCGUAAAACCAGUGCGCCCCCUGCUGUCAGAGCAUCUGACAGCAUCUCUAUGGAGCUAUCUUCCAGUUCUGCUUCAGCGUUCAAGAGAAGUUCAUCACCAAAUAAAAGGAUGAGCCGUCAAGAGCCACAAACCUUUAGUGCAUCAUCACACAAGGGUGAAUCUCUACACAUUGGCAUUCAGAACCACAUUCUAUGGCCUGGAUGUUCUGCCCCUGUUUUUCAGCCACUGCGUACACAGGUCUUUACCUUGCAUCCACAUUUUCUUACAGUUCCUGAGCAAUGUGCGGUGAUGCCUCAUAGGCCUUUGAGCAAAUCCCAGUCGGCACCUUCUCAUAUACAGCAUUAUACGCACAUACACACUCAGACUCUUAUGCUUCCACACCCCAUGUACCAUCAGCAGUUGCCACAGGAGAUAUUCCAGCAAUGCGCUCCAAAAAAGGUACCCGUUCGCUCAGUGUGGCCCGUGUCUCCUGGAGAACUGGCAAUGGACAGAGUGGAAGCAAGAGAGGCAGUGCGCAUUCCAUCUCAAUCCCAGCUUGAUAAAUGUGGUUGUAAUCAAUUGGGAGAACAGCACUGUGGACAAUAUCGGGAUUGGCGAAACAAAAAUUAUCACCGGAACCUUACACGUGUACGUUCCUCUCCAGGCACUUUUGACAGAAGUCUGCCUUCACAUUUAACCUCACCUCUGCAUGUCAGGAGCAAACCAAACUACACCACAGGUUUGGUGUGUGACUUUCAGAUGCUGAAUCAUGAGUGUGACUGUGGAGAUAUCAGCUUUCACCGUGACCAUGAUGAAAGAAUUGCAAGUAUCUGGUCAAGAUUGCAGCAGUGUGGCCUCAGGGAUCGGUGUAAGUGGGUUACAGGCAGGCUGGCCACUUUUGAGGAGCUACUGUCAGUUCAUUCAACGCAACAUAUUUUUCAUUAUACUGGGCUCUCAAAAAUAAAAUCUUCAAAUAAUUUCUGCAGUACAGCAGCACGGAAGAUGGCAGUCGGCAGUGUGAUUGAGCUGGCUAUGUGUGUGGCGAGAGGAGAGCUAAGGAAUGGUUUUGCUGUGAUCACACCACCAGGACACCAUGCGUCACAUUCUCAAACAUAUGGUUCCAGUAUGUUUAAUUCUGUGGCCAUUGCUGCUAAACAGCUUCAGGACCGAUUGAAGGUUAAAAAGAUCCUUAUAGUAGAUUGGGAUGUUCAUCAUGGUAAUGGAACUGAGAAGAUUUUCUACACAGAUCCUAGUGUCCUCUAUAUAUCCCUGCAUCGCUAUGACAAUGGUUCUUUCUUCUGUGGUACUGGAGGACCCACCAUGGUAGGAUCUGAUAAAGGAGAAGGCUAUAAUGUAAAUGUGGCGUGGUCAGGCGGACUGAGUCCUCCAAUGGGAGAUGCAGAAUACCUAGCUGCAUUCAGAACCGUAGUUAUGCCUAUUGCUCAAGAGUUUUCCCCAAAUGUGGUGCUGGUUUCAGCUGGUUUUGAUGCUGCAAAGGGUCACUCAGAUUCUCUGGGUGGAUACAUGGUCUCAGCAAAAUGUUUCGGAUUCUUGACCCGGAAAUUAAUGGAGUUGGCUGAAGGUCGAGUGGUGUUGGUGUUAGAGGGAGGUUAUGACGUCGCAUCCCUCUGCGAUGCAUCCCAAUCCUGUGUCAGUGCUCUUGUGGGAAAUGAGCCUGAGCCUUUAGCUGAGGAGGAAUUACAGAGGAAUCCCUGUGCCAAUGCAGUCAGUUCUCUGGAGACGGUACUGCAUGCUCAGAGCAGGUACUGGCGUUCAGUGAGGUCUAUGCUGGACACUGUGUCUCUGUCUUAUGUAAAAGCAGAGAGGAGAUACUCGGCAGGCACUGAAGCUGCUUUAAGUCUGGGUGGCCUUACUAUGGCUAUUCCAAGAAGAAGCCGAAUUGUGUUUAAUACCAGUGGAAUUCCUGGUGAAAAACUACAUUACCCAUGAUUCUUCUAAAAUCUCCACCAAUCAGAGUGUCACGAUGAGCAAAAGAGCUCUACAGUUCCCCAAAUGAGCCAACGGAGCAUGAUGAGGAUGAUUCAAUGUAGAAGCCAGUCUUACUCCUUUUCUAGGAGACUUCAUUCCUCUCCAAGCAGAAGCUGAACGUCCUGUGCUUUAACUGACUGAAGCUACUGUAAUAUUACUUGGGCGACUGAAGUGUGUGAGACAGGAGACAAUCCUUUGGAACUAAGAUGAACAACAGAACCUAACUGUCAUAAUCACAUCUCGUGAGCGAUUUACUCAAAUGCUGACUCAUUUUUUGAUUUUGCAAUUAUAGCUUGCACAUGAAGCCUCUGGGGAAUGUCAAACAAGGAUAUUAUACAGGCAGGAAGUGAAAAUUUAUGAGAAACAUUAAGUGAAAUGUUUUCACAGGUCUUUUUUUUUUUUUUUUUGAUCAAGUGUAUACACACUACUGUUCAAAUGGUCAGGGUCAGUUAGGUUUUUUUUUUUUAAUUAAUACUUUAAUUCAAGGACAUUUUAAUCUUAGUAUUCAUCAAAGAAUCCUGUAAAAAAUCCACACACAAAAAAAAUUUUAACGGUACAACUGUUUUCAGCAUUUUACAGUAAUAAAUGUUUUUUGAGCAGCAAAUCAGCAUAUUAGAAUGACUUCUUAAGGGUCAUGUGACACUGAAGACUGAAGUAAAGAUGCUGAAAAUUCAACUUUGCCAUCACAGGAAUAAAUUACAUUUAAAAUUAAAUUAAUAGAAAACAUUUGUUUUUUAAAUUGUAAUAAUAUUUCACAGUAUUACUGUUUUAUUGUAUUUUUGAUCAAAUAAAUACAGACUUGCUGAAUAUGAAGCUUCUUUCAAAAACAUUUUAAAAAAUCUUACCAACCCCAAACUUUUGAACAGUAGUGUAAAUGGUUACUGUUUAAAUGUGAAAUGAUAAAUGACUACAAUUUUAGGCAUUUAAGUUUUAUACUGAAGUCUUUGAAAUGACUAGUUCUCUGGCCUUGGUGCAUUUAAAUAGGUCUUUUGACAAUUUAAUUCUAAAAGCUUUUGUUAAUUGCACUUUAUUUUCAUUAAUUACAAAUGUAAAAAUAAAAAAUAAAAAUCCUGAGACAUUUUACAUUGAGUUUUUUAUUAUUAUUAUUGAUACAUUUCCCUUCACAAUGAACAUGUAAGGCAGCUACCCUUGAAUGUUAACUACGUAUAUAGCAAGCAUAAAAAAAAGGGUACAAAGUGCUAUAUCAGUUUGCAAGAACAGUUGGGCUGAAAUCAAUUUCUGAGGAUAUUCAUUUUUUUUAUUACCAAGUUGCUCUACAAUUACAUUUAAAGCUUUUUUGUGUAAAAUGCCGUCACAUUUGCCUGGAUUUUUAUUUUUGUAUAGUUUUUUUCUUUCUUUCUUCAACAUGUUUUGCUGUUCUCAGGAUUAAAUAAAGCUGUAUUUUUUAAAACAA